GCGAAGAGAGCUCGAGAGCCAAUUUCCAAAACCGCCUUUCAGAAGCUCAAACCCGCUUGGUCGACUUUCGAAAACCACUUUCUCUCCAAAUCCCAAUCGCAGAAGCUUCAGAGAUUAUUCCUGCGAACCAAAACUAUGUUCUCCGGCAAAGCGAGAACCGGCAGGAAGCGCAGGACGGAGCCAGAGCUCGCCAAAUCGGACAAGGGGAAGCGAUCCGCCAAGGAUCUCGAUCUCGAUCUCGAUCGGGAUUUCGGCUUCGAUCUCGAUCUCUCCAACGACAUAAAAGGCAUUGUGUCGGCGCUUCAGCAAAUCAGAGAGAAGGCUCAGAAGGACGGCCAGAAGAAGAACGAGGAGACUAUUUCAAGUGUGGCUGCUGAGAUCAAGUCUAUGAUAGACGAAUCGAAGUCCAAGUUUGAAAAGGAUAGACAAACUUUCGCUAAAGUGCUUUCGAAGAGCUCAAAAGAGUUCGAAAACUCUUUGAAGAAUGAAACUGUGAAGUUCCAAUCACUUUAUCAGAACUUUUCCAAGGAAAAAGCUACCAAUCUGCAGACUCUGAAAGAUACUAUUUCCAAAUUUGAAGAAGAAAAGGAAAGGCUGUUCAUACGAUAUGAACAAAUGAGGAAGAAAGAAAAGAGAGUGAUAUCAGAACAUGAGAAAGUUUGCGCUGAUAAGAUUGCUCAAUUGGAGGAGACUUUGAAGAAGAAGACGCAAGAUGAAAAAACUUUCAGCAUUUUGAGGAAAACUCUGGGUUCAUUUCUAGACAAUGGAUCAGAUGAGGACUUCCCACCUGAUGAUUGAACAUUUGCCUUAAAGGGCAGUUCAGCAAACUAUGAAUAACUUCUUCAUCCGGACUCUAGCUGACCAUCCUUUUAUUGUCAUUCCAGAAGUGUAGCAAACUAGAAUUUGUCUAUAAUUGUGGCACGGUUAAUUUUCCAUUUGCGGUUCUACCCAAAUAGACACUGCAAAUGACCUUUUAUAUAAUCAUCAGAGGAGAGAUUUUCUGUCUCAAUUUCUCAGUAGCUAGCUGCAGACCAGAUCGGGUUAGUGCUUAUCGUCUGUCUUUUGUGGAUAUUGUAAUAGGUAGAUAUGGUAGAUAUAGUGCCUAAUUGCUACACUAUGCA